UCGAUUACGUCAUCAUUGAGGGGCGUGUGCGCGCUUCCUGCUUUCCUUGUCCGGAGUUGUAGUUAAGACAGAGCGGAUUCGACGUUAGCUUGUAGUUGUAUGCCUCGGCAGCUAAAUUAGCUGGCUAACUGGCAUCAACUGCCGGAUAAAAUAUCGCUGUAGCACACUUAUCUUUUGAGAGGAGUUUAUCGUCUGCUGAGAUCAUGGCAGAUUUCUCGCUGUCAGAUGCCUUAGGAGACGACUCUGUGAGCAAGGCAAAGAAAAUGGGAAACCCUAACCCAACUGCUCCUGCCAGUAACCAUCCACCUUCUGCAAAUCCAGGAUGGCCCGGUGCAGCCCCAGGAGCUCCCACCCAGCCCUCCGCCCCGGGUAACUUUGCUGGUGGAUCAUCUGGCCCGGGGGCACCAGGGCAGUUCCCAUAUCCCUCUGGCCCUGGAGCACCGGGGCAAUACCCGGGACCUCCUUCAGCACCUGGUGGCUUUGCCCCUGGUCCUGGGAUACCUGGACAAUACCCAUCUGCACAAUACCCACCUGCCCCAGGAGCUCCAGGGCAGUUUCCUUCCAGCCCAGGAGCCCCUGGGCAGUUCCCCGGGCAGCACCCCGGCCAGCAACCUGGGCAGUUCCCUGGGCAAUUCCCCGGGCAGCAACCUGGGCAGUUCCCUGGGCAGCACCCCGGGCAGUUCCCUGGGCAGCACCCCGGGCAGUUCCCCGGCCAGCAACCUGGGCAGCACCCCGGCCAGUUUCCCGGCCAAUUCCCCGAGCAGCACCCCGGGCAGUACCCUGGGCAGUACCCCCCCGAAGGAGCUCCAGGCCAGCUACCUGGAGGCCCUGGCCCAUUUCCUUCUGGCCCGGGAGCUCCCCCUGGGCCUUAUCCAAAUGUGCCUUACCCAGGAAGUCAGCCAGGAGGAGGAAAUGGCAUGUACGGACCUGGUGGUCCGGGUGCGUUCCCGCCUCCAGCGGGCCCUGGUUCUUUCCCUGCAUUCCCUACUGGCGGCUUUCCCCCAUUGCCCACUGGGUCAUGGGGACCACCUGCAGGAGGCUUUCCUGCCGCCCCUGGCCCCUUUGGUCCUGGCGCAGGGCCUAUGGGUCCCUACGGUGGGCCUGCCGCUCCAGGAGGCAUGCUGAUGUUGCCGUAUGAUCUCCCACUUCAUGCUGGAAUUAUGCCACGACUUGUAAUCACGAUAGAGGCGGAGCCGGUUCCCGGUGCAGACAGAUUCCAAGUUGACUUCAUCAGAGGUCAAGAUGUUGUCUUUCAUUUAAAUCCUCGAUUUCAUGAGCAAGCAGUUGUCAGAAACUCCAACCUGGGUGGCUGUUGGGGGCCAGAGGAGCGGGAGGCAGCAUUCCCAUUUGUUCACGGACGCCGCUUUGAGCUGAAGAUCCUUGUGGAGGAGGACUCGUUUAAAGUGGCAGUAGAUGGCAACCACCUGCUGGAGUACGAGCACAGGGACGACGGGCUGGAGGACGUGAACCUGUUGCGUGUGAAUGGAGACAUCAUCCUACACAGCGUAGCCCCAAACAUGAUCUGAAUCUCAGCCACUAAACCACAAGCUGUGCUGGAGACGCGCCGUCACACGUUUGAAAUCCUUUCAAACACCUUGAUGGUGUUUUUGAGGCACAAUAGUCGGUAAAGUGCGACCCUCGCCUUCGUCAUUUAUUGCAGAACAAAUGGCAGAUUAACCCAGGUCCACACAAUUUAAUCCUUCUCCCCCCCCCCUUACAAUUCAAUCUAUUUAACAAUUUAUCUAUUUAACAACAUAACAAUAGUGAAUGAGAUAUAGUGCAUUGAAAACAGACGUUUUAAGGAAAUACUGAUUUAUCCCUAAUGAAAACAUUAGAGGCCCAGUGGAAUAUAUUUUCUGCAAGUAUGCUGUAACUUGUUUACGGUAUUUGUAUGUGUAUUAUCCCGUCCUUUGAAUAGCAUCACCUUGAUAAGCCUACGUAAUGCAUGGGAGUGUGACGCUGAAUAUCGACUUGGUCUCCUUUUCCCCUUCUUACUUCAGGGCUGGCUGAGCCCCCACGACUCACUGCUCUGUUAACCUCCGUAGGCUAAUGAUUGAGUUUCCGAAAAUCUAUUUAUAUACUUGAUUAGACUAUACUAAACUUUGAGCGCCUUCUUUCUUCAGUAUAAAUCCUCUGGAGCUCUUUGACGGGAGGGUGGUGUUUUAUGAAGUAUGAUUUCAUGUUGAAGUCUAAUGGAAUGGUAAAAAGUGAGUCUCAAUAUUAAUACAUCUUUGGAAAAGAGUGGGAUGGGAUUUCUGAUUAGUUGCCAAAGAUACAAUAUUUUGAAAUGAUAUGCUUAUAAAUAAAGGGCAACAAACAAAUAAUGACUGAUAAUGCUGUUUGAUUCAGAUUAUUGUACCCUUUUCUGCCUGUGCACAUAAUAAAUACUAGUUUCCCUGUU